GGCUACAGGAGGAAAGGUGUGCACAAUGUCCGUCGCAUCCUCGGACAUAGUUCAUCCACUCGACUCGUGUCUGAUUUAAUCGACCUGUACCACUUUCGCUCCUGUGUUACAGCACCGGAUUGGAUGUACUUUGCAACUUCCUGCAGCUUUAGUGACAUUGAAUUCGGUGCGCAACAGCUGAGGAGAAAAGGUGAUUUUACUGUUAAUACAAGACUGUUAAAGGCAUGUGAUACGGAUCUGCUCACUCAUUAAUUACUUUCUCCGACGCCACUGAAGAAUAUGGAUGCGCUGACAGAAAAUCUGUAUGGCAUUAUUAAACUUGCAGCAGUAAACUGAUGGAGUUCAAAACCACUUUUCCUCCUUUUGAAGAUCUCUUAGUUCAAUGAUGGACGGCAGGCAAUCGUCAAGGACUUUCACACCUGAUUGUGCAGCUUUUGCCAACACAUGAAAGGAAGAAACAUGUUUUGUCUGGUGAAAUCUCGGAGCUUCUCAGGCAGCAGGAGGGCUAUGGGGAUCAGAAAUGGGACAAAAGUCCAACAUCACUCCAAACCCAUCUCCAAAAUUUACUUCAGUUUUAUUUUCCUCCUGCUCAUUUUCACACCGAGAGUGGAUUCAUCGUGGUGGUACAUCGGAGCACUGGGUGCCCGGGUGAUCUGUGACAACAUUCCCGGCCUGGUGAACAAGCAGCGGCAGCUGUGCCAGCACCACCCGGACCUGAUGCAGUCUAUCGGUGAGGGAGCCAAAGAGUGGAUCAGAGAGUGCCAGCACCAGUUCAGACACCACCGCUGGAACUGCAGCACGCUGGACCGAGACCACACCGUGUUUGGCCGGGUGAUGCUGAGAAGCAGCCGAGAAGCAGCGUUUGUGUACGCCAUCUCUUCAGCAGGAGUGGUCUACGCCAUCACCAGGGCCUGCAGUCAGGGGGAGCUGAAGAGCUGCAACUGCGACGGCGACAAGCGCGGACGAGCUAGAGACAACAGGGGCAAUUUCGACUGGGGUGGAUGUAGUGACAACAUCAAUUACGGCAUCAAAUUUGCAAUGUCCUUCGUAGAUGCUCGAGAGAAGAAAGUGAAAGAUGCUCGCGCCCUGAUGAACCUGCACAACAACCGGUGCGGUCGGAUGGCAGUGAAGCGCUUUAUGAAGCUGGAGUGCAAGUGUCACGGGGUCAGUGGCUCCUGUUCUCUGAGAACCUGCUGGCUGGCUAUGUCUGACUUCAGGCGAACUGGAGACUACCUUCGCAAGAAGUACAACAGAGCCAUCGAGGUGACCAUGAACCAGGACGGGACGGGCUUUAUGGUGGCCGAUAAGGACUUCAAGGGAAGCACCAAGAAUGAGUUAGUGUACAUCGAGAACUCGCCAGACUACUGCCUCAUGGACCGCACAGCCGGCUCCUUGGGCACAGCAGGCAGAGUGUGCAACAAGUCCUCUAGAGGCACAGACGGCUGUGAGGUCAUGUGCUGUGGGCGGGGCUACGACACCAUGCGUGUCAAGCGUGUCACCAAGUGUGAGUGCAAGUUCAAGUGGUGCUGCGCUGUGGAGUGCAAUCACUGUGAGGACAUGGUGGAUGUUAACACCUGCAAGCCCCACAAGCGACCUGAUUGGUUGGACACAACCUAACGAGGAGACCUGUCCAAUGACAGUCGCCACUGACUCAUUAACCUGUGCGCUAACGACUGCAUUUUAUUAUGGGAUAUAUAAUUGGGAUCUCUUAACUGUAAUACCUCUGGCUUUUGAUCCAUUGACGCUUCCUGAAGCAGAUACUUCACGGACCUUGAUGCUAAACUGGAAAAUAGACCCAGUUACUGAUCAUGUGCUGCUUUAAUAAGUGUCUCUAAGAACAAUUUGUUGAGCUUUCUGAAGACAAACUCUGGAUCUUUGAUACAAAAUGGCUGAAUAUUAUAUUAUUCUGUUGUACAUGCAAUGUCUGCUUGUUUUACAGUGUGUAAAGACUGUGUGAGCACAUGACAUAGCUCAAAUUGAUGAUCAUAAUAAUAGUAACAUGUAGUCUGAAGAGAGAGAUAAAGAAAGAAAUAAGGAUAGAUCUUUGGAGGUAUUGUAAAAACACUGACAUUGUAUCAUUUAAAAUGAUUAAGCCAUUGUACGGUACUGCAACAAAUCAUAUAAAAUACAAAAGACAGUUGCUGCUAAUUAGUGCAACUCUAACGAACUAACAGAACGUAGGAGGGAGCUUAUGAAAAAGUUCCUACUCGAACAAGGCCAGACAAUCACACUGUGAACGCAAAUGAACCACAAACAGGAGAACAAGCAAGGACUUUAAAUUAAAGUGACAGCAUACCUGCUGCAGAGCUGAAUUUUGGCCAGUUCUUGGGACAAAAAGGACACACUAACAGGAAAAAUUAAGCUUCAUAUGGACUUUGGACUGUUAUCUGAAAGAGCUCGAUUUUUCAUACAGUGUCCCACAUGUUUGACUGUCUGUAACUGGUCUAACACAUUCUGGCUGUGUUGCCUUAUGGAAAACUUUAUAAUUUCUACCUCUGGUUCUUUGUCUCCAGUUUUUAUUUUAUUUUAUUUUUUUCAGUGUUACACUGACAGCUUCAAACAAUUGCCCUUUGCCAUGUUUGGACAGACAAACCUGCUGCGUAAGAAAACAAAGCCCCCUCAUUCAUUUCAAUUAUGUUACUGCAAGAAAAAAAUGUAGCUUGUCCAGUUAAAAUGUUGAAUCUGAUUCAACCUUUGCUGCAACAAAAUGCCGUUUUUCAACAGGGCAAGGUGUUGGCUGAAAUUCUACAGUUUACCUGACGAUCAUCAUGAAGAGGAUAAAAUUAUUUUUGAUGUGAUGGCUUUCCAAAGUUGUCAAAUCUGGUUACAUAGUCUUACACACUGCUGUGCAGUGAUUUGGUGUCUGAUACAAAUUCAUAGAUUUAUUAUUUAAAACUUCCAGGAUCGUGUCAUCUAUACCUUGAACAACAUGUCCGCACUGACGCAGCUCCAACGUGGCUGUUUUCCAUCCGAACACCUGUUUAGCCAUCGUGCCUGCAGCCUUUGUUGUUUGCCAAGAUUUAUUUAAAGUUUCUCUUGGUCAUAGUUGCUUCUUAAUUUCAUCCACUCCUCGUGCCUCUUGUUUGAUGGCAGUAAACUCUUGAAAUCCAUGGAAAUGUUUAUAUAAAUCUUACAAUACUUACAAUACUAUCAGAUGUUUCAUUUUGUGUCUGUAAAAACCCUUUCCUGCACCCUGCAUUGACACGGUUCUAAAUUUAAGUUAGCUUGUAAAGCUACGGUUAAAUCCUAACGAGACACAUUUAAUUUUUUUUAAAGAUUUUAAGUAAGUAUUGGACGCAGCGUUUCCCCUUGGAUCACUGUCCAGGUGUUUGAUGCUCACGCAGAUGUGUUCGGUUUUCCCUGGGUGCUGCUGAGUCUC